GCAAUUAAAAGGCUUAAAACUAGGACAAAUAAAACGCUAAUAAUAAAACCGCCAGUUCCUGUGGUUUUUCCAUUAUUAGAGGUUAAAAUUUUAUUAUUAAAUAGUGUAUACCGAAUAUAGGAGUUGCUUUUUGAGAACUAACAUAUGCGGGUACUUGUCAUUUGAGAAGUUUUGUUUAUGAUUGAGAAAAAACAAAGAAAGCAAAGCUGACGAAUCACUUGUGCAUAUCAAUAAUCUAUAACCGCCGAUCUAUAACUAGAAUUGCUCCAUAUUUGAAACCUAGUUUUUGGCUCUGUUUACGUUUGGUUGCAAACGAGUAUUCAAGUCAUGAGCUAAGUUUAGUAACACCAACUCUGCCAUGUCUCAUAUGGAUCCAAGUGAUGUCCGCAGUACCGCCCAGCUGAUUUUAUCCAAUGCGCGGCAGGGAAAUAGCGCCUACAACAUGCAAUAUGAUAUGUCGCGAGCACAUUCCAUCAACCUGAUUACGGAGGACUUCCUCGCCGGCUAUAUGCAGGAUGGUCGGAUGUCCGUGGUUCGCCGAUUUUUCUGCCUCUUCGUCACAUUCGACUUGGUCUUCGUCUCUUUGCUCUGGCUCAUUUGCAUUGUGAUCAACGGCGACAAUAUAUUCACUGCCUUCCACAAACAGAUCGUGGAGUACACCGUCUACAAGUCGCUCUUCGAUGUGGUGGCCAUUGCCAUCUGCCGAUUCGUCGUUCUCAUCUUUUUCUACGCCAUAUUGUACAUCAAUCACUGGUCCAUCAUUGCGCUCUCUACAAGUGGGUCCUGUUUGUUCCUCAUCUCCAAGGUGUUUGUGUUCGAUUGGCUGGAUUCCAAGCAACAAGUAUUUGAGGUCGUCCUGAUAAUAACCUCGUUUAUAUUGGCCUGGGGAGAAGCCUGGUUCCUGGACUGUCGUGUGAUUCCCCAGGAACGGCAUGCUCAACACUAUUUCCGGACCAUGACCUCCAAUGAUCGCACUCCCAUGGAUCAACCGGCUAUUUUGAUAGAGCACGAACGACCGCCGCAAAGUGUUACUGAUUUUUAUUCACCCAUGGACACGGCUCGUCACUCCGACGAGGAGGAAGAGGAGGAUGAGGAGUACAACCAAAUGGGCUUGGAUUGCCUGCGAAAGGCCUUUGAGAUCAUCGAGUCGGGUGAUUGGAAGGUGGAGAAGGUGACCCAAAAGGGCGACACUAUACACAGCACUCAGCGUGAGAAGAUUGGCAAGAUAUACAAACUCACGGCUCGCAUCAAAUAUCCAGCUAAGGCCCUAAUGGAAGAUCUGUUCUAUCGCAUAGAAGACUGUCCGAAAUGGAAUCCAGCCCUUCUAGAAUCAAAAAUAGUGCGAAAAGUCAACUCCUACACCGAUAUAACCUAUCAGGUCUCUGCUGGCGGAGGCGGUGGCAUGGUGAAGAGCCGGGACUUUGUCAACCUGCGCUCCUGUCGUCUCUUUUACAAUGGAAAAAUCUGCGACGACGACGAGGCGGCCCAGCUCAGCAGCGAUGAUGGCAACAGCAGUCUAAAUCGCUCCUGUGAGGGCAGUGUUAGCACCAUUUCCGAUGGCGAUUCGCAUACACCGCUGCUGCCCAGCAGCGUGUCCAGUUGCAAGGCCACGUUUCCCAGCUCAUCGAAGGCGCCCACCGCGCCCUUCGAUACGCUGGGCAAUAGCUUGGGCGCCAAAAGCCUGGGUCCCAUUGUGAACUUCGAGGAGGAGCCACCGCCGCUGGAUCAAGAUGAGUUCGAGGAUGCCAAGGACCAGUCUGACAUCGUAGCGGAAACCAUGACAAAACCAAAGGUACCAAGUGUGGGCAAGACCAAGGACAAAGUUUGGGUUACCUCCGCGAUAAGUGUGCAAUAUGCGGGUGUUCCGCCCUCAUCUAAAUACACAAGAGGUCAGAACAUUGUCAGCGGGUUUGCCUUCCGUGAAAUCGUUGGCAAGUCGGAUAGCUGCAUUGUGGAAUGGGUGCUUUGUUUGGACCUAAAAGGCUAUAUUCCUCGCUAUGUCCUGGAUGCAGCGCUCACCUCAUCCAUGACCGACUACAUUACCAAUCUGCGCAAGCAUGUCAACGAACUGAGGCAACGGGGGCGUGGCCGAGCCCCCAGGAACCACUAGGCAAUCAAAUAAGCAAAACUGUAUUUUAAUUUUAAUCCCAUUGUAUCUCAAGUGCGAGUGCUGUGCGCAGCAGCCAGGUAUCUAUUAGAAUAUUGCAAUAAUUUUGAAUUUGAAUUGGAAUUUGAAGUUGAAGUUGAAACAGAAGAGCAAGAUUUUCAGUGCUGUAAGUUUAUUGAGUAUUGUAUAUGUAUAUGAUGUAUGGCAUAAGUUCUAUGUACCUAUAUGCACGGCUUACACUAUAAAUUUUAUACAUGACUUUUCUAA